UUUCAUGUUAAUUCGUCACUGCAACACUCAUUUGCAUUGAAUCCGCCUCUUUCUCUUCCAAAGUUGCUGAGUAGAGCUUCGGUCCUUCUCGCCGAUCUCAGCGCAGGCCGGUGUUCGAACGUUGCGCAGGUGCGAUUGUUGCGUUUCUGGGAGGCUAGAAAUGUGAGGAAGGGGGAGAGCUGAUGAGUGUUGAUAUGCUAUUUGUUGAUGAAAAUUCCACUGUUAUGCAAGGUUUUAUUGGGGCUAACCGACAUCUUAGGUUCAGGAAUAGUCCCAGUGAAGGCUCUCUGUACACGUUGACCGGGUUUGACGUCACACGCAGCAACACCAAUUUCCGUUUGGCUGAUGCUCCUUUCUCGAUUCGGUUAAAUGAAGGAACCGAGCUUGAGAAGAUCCCGACUUCUGUCAGGCCCAUCCCCAGAGAGGUUUUCAGAUUCAUGCCAUAUUCCCAGAUACUUGAGCUUGCAAACACGGGGAAACAGCUUCCCGGUAUGUCUCAGAUUGACACGGAUCUUCCUCGGUCCCUUGCUGAGAUUGUUGGACGCACCUACACUUUCCAGCUGAAAUUGAACGAUUACAAUUUCUCCUCGAAACACCAAACCUUCACUAUCUCUCGCAUCUAUCCGGAACGCGUGCUCGCCCCUACACCCGCCUUUGUCGUAGCUGAAGGUGCAAAUGAUCCCGACGAUGCACUUCCUAAAGAUGUGGGUCAGGCAACAAAUGUCAACGCCGGGACCUCCUCCUCUGGAUCAGACAGGCCAGGAGCAUAUGAUGUUUCCGUUGGUAAACGUCCACCACCGUCCAAGGCUGCCAUGAAGACUGCCAUGUCGAGAAGACUGCCAUGAAUAAGGCACGUGUGGGAUGAGUCCACCUUCCCAGAUUGAACAACCACAUCUGUUUCUGUUUUCAAUAAUGCUCAGCUUUUUCAUUUACCCUCUAGAACUAUUUCCCUUUGUCUUUUAAAGUAAUGUUUCAAGCUUUAGUCUUUUGCAUCUGGUUGUGAACUUUUUCUCUUUCGGUGUUGAAUCAAAUGUGGUUGUUGUUUUAUUUUAAUAAGUUCAAGUCUGCUC